CGCAUGGAUGUCGCGUCUAUCAUGAAUAUCACCUACUUAGAUCUUAUCACUGAUGAUCUACAAUGUCAUCUGAAAACAGUCAAUGGAUGCGGCAAUGCGCACUCAGGACUCGAGUGCACGCGUACCGAAAAAUCACUUGAUUACUUCUGCGAAUUCAACUUUAAUACGCAAAAUGAAACAUCCUAUAGUUGCUUCAAAUGUUCUAAUAACAAUAUGGAUCUCAACUAUACAGUGUGCGACGGAAAAUUAAAAAGUAAUAUGCUCUCUUUUGUUUUUGAAAGUGCAAUAAAAACUUUUUGGUUAAAAUUACCUGAAUUCAAUAUCUGUGAUUGGGAUACGUUAUUCUGUUACAAUAACGAUCGGACGUUAUACAUGGACGUUAAUGAUAGUGCGUAUAAUAUAAGUGAUGUACAAACUGUUCAAUGUAAGUGGAACGUGAAGAAUUUUACGAUAAAUUCAUUGGAAUCGGUCGGUUACGAAUGGAGCUUUUUGUUCGUAAUUCUGUUUAUAAUAGCGGGUGGCGUUGGGAAUAUUCUGGUUUGUUUAGCGGUCUGCUUAGAUAAGAGACUUCAAAAUGUCACAAACUAUUUUCUGCUGUCGCUGGCGAUAGCGGACUUACUCGUUAGUUUGUUCGUAAUGCCCAUGGGUGCAAUUCCUGGAUUUCUAGGUUACUGGCCAUUGGGUGUUGUGUGGUGCAAUGUGUACGUUACAUGCGACGUGCUGGCGUGUUCAGCAAGUAUUAUGCACAUGUGUUUUAUUAGCAUCGGCAGGUACCUUGGUAUACGUAACCCGCUCAAAAGCCGUCACCAUUCCACUAAGAGGGUAGUUGUAAUUAAAAUUGCUCUCGUUUGGCUUCUGAGUAUGUUCGUAUCUAGCUCAAUUACAGUUUUAGGUAUUAUAAACCAAACUAAUAUAAUGCCGACGCCGGAGCUAUGUGUGAUUAAUAACCGCUUGUUCUGGGUGUUCGGUUCACUGGUGGCGUUUUACAUUCCAAUGUUAAUGAUGGUGGUAUCCUUUGCGCUCACUGUACAGUUGUUAAAACGACAAGCUCUAUUAGCUGCUACACCUGUACCAGGAGGAACUCAAAGAAGGCAAUGUGGAGGUUUUGACAAUGGCCCUUCUCAAGGUCCUAGACGAAUUGGUGCCAAGAGCUCUCCAGAUUUAUCGCCAAGUGGGAAUUCUUCGAGGCAUAUGACAUGGAGGAUAACUUCAACUAAUAGAGGUCAAAGAAACAAGAUUGGUAUGAGCGUGUCCAAUCCUCAACUGAGUUAUAUGAACGGUUGCGGGAACGGCGCAGGCUCGGCCCGGAGAGGACGUGACGUUGCUACGCAGACGCCAGCGAGUAUUGCUGCUGAGACAAGGCGGGCACGCUUGAGACCGCUGAAAUUAAACAUCGCACCACCUAAUGCUCUCAAUUUAAGGUUUCUUACUAAUCGAAAGAAAGGAAGAUCAUUAUCAGCGAAUGCAGUUGCCAAUGAACAGAAAGCUACCAAAGUACUUGGUCUAGUCUUUUUCACGUUUGUCCUGUGCUGGGCACCAUUUUUCUUGCUCAAUAUAUUAUUUGCAUCAUGCCCAGCUUGUAUUGUUCCAGAUCACAUAGUCAAUGUUUGUUUAUGGCUGGGUUAUGUAUCUUCGACAAUUAAUCCGAUUAUCUAUACAGUAUUCAAUAGAACCUUUAGGGCAGCGUUCUUAAGACUUCUGAAAUGUCAUUGCAGCAGACGAGGUCAUUGCACUCGCUACAUGUCAGGGGGAUCAACACGCGGUGCGUCACAGUUAUGUGCGCGCUCCGCUUUACCACUGGCCAUAUCCCUUCGACCUUCUGUGAUGCCGACCACUUCAUCAGGAGGGCAGGAGACAACAGAGUCGGUUCUCAUAGAGGCUCCACUACCAGGAUUUAAUAUGAGAUAUUAAAUUUGACUUUAUUUAUUUUUAACAUAACCAAAGAUAUGAAAUUUCUAGUAUUAUCGAA